AUGUCGACGAACCCCGCGAGGACCGUGGUUGAUGAUGGUUCUGAACAUAGGCGACGAACCUUAGCUAGUGUCAUCAUGGCGCCGACUCUCCCGACCUCCCUUACUCCUCAUAUUUGCGUUUUAUCCUCCCCAGAUCUAAAUGAGCUUCUAUCAACUUCUUCUCUACCUUCAAUACCAGAUGUUCUCCAAUCGUUCUCUCCAUUUCCACAGGUGACCACUAGAACUACUACUCUCACUUCUGUGACGCAUGCCUCUUUUGGUCUCCGUUUUUCCGAUCUCGAGCAAGUGGAAGCUACGUGUAAAGAAGACGAGGAGCAGCGUGCUAAUCGUACUUUGGAUUGGAUCGCCAACCGUAUAAGCCAGCGAUGUGGCCGUUGGGUUGAGGAUCUGGAAAGGUUGGGUGAAAAGGCAACCAGAAUGCCUUGGUGGGAGGAGUUGAAGCGAUGUACAGAAGGCGACACCACGCCGGUUCGGAACGAGACCUGGAAUCAUCCAGCUGCCAUAAUAUUAGCUGUAUCAACGAAUGCUCCGAAUCCACUCCAAGCAGUAACCACACUCCAUUCUCGUCCUACCGAUUUACCAUCAUGGGUCGACCCAUCCCAUUUAAAAUUUACGCUCAUAGUUCACCCUAAAGACUCGGCACUGUCCGAUGAAGAAGCUGGAGCGUUAUACAACGCCGUCAAGAAACAAUACGGAUUGCAUACUUACAUGUUACCACUCGAUCUGCCAAAUCCACCACCUGCUCCUGUACCAGUACCUGCUACCAUGCCCCGACUCCCGCCUCAGAAUGCAGACUCGCCCGAUUUUCGGCCACCCCCUACGCCCUAUACGCCCCAUGCACCUCAGCUUCCCACUGCCAACUCAAAGCCAGUCAACUUACUCGUAAACACCUUACAAAUGAAUGAGAAAGAUAUUCAACAGACUGCUAGAUUCACGAGAGAAUUUCUGGUUAUGAGUCUGAUUCCAUGGAUGGAGAGAUGCGUGGUUGAGUGGAAUGAAAGUUUUUCAUCAACAAGGCGUCUGCCGUCACGAUUGUUUUCUUCUACCCGUCGUCUCUUUGGUUCUCCUGCGCCUUCACCCGCACCCGGUCAGCAUCAAAGCGCGUCGUCAGUAUCGUCUAUCCCUGUCAGGUCAAACACUUCCAAUGGAAUUCUACCAAACCCAGCAAAUGUACAAGGUACACCACCCCCACAACAACGACGGUUGGCCGAGUUUGCUACUAUAUUAGGUGAUCUCAAAUUGGCCGCGUCAGUCUGGGACUCUCUGCAGAAGGAAAGCAAGGGCGGGUCGGAAAUUUUGCCUUUGAUACUAUCUCCUUCCCCUGCCGUUCAGCUUCACGUCUCAAAUGCUAUCAGUGCCUUAUACGGAUCAUCAGUCGAUCCCCCACCGCAUGCACAACUUCGAGCCAUUCAAUACGCAGUCCGAUGGGAGAUGGGGAUUGAUCCGUCAGAAUUCUCAGGGAAUAUAUUGGAGGGCGAGAGGUGGUUGGUUUGGGUGGCUAGACAUUCCGACGAGGCACCAGCAGCAAUAUUGUUGGCCCAUGCAGCAUUCCUAAGUGUUAAGAAGAGAGCUGGCCGACGCGCAGCCCUCUGGUACAUGUCUGCUGCGAGGAGAUUAGAAAAAUGUGGGAUUAAACCAUUAACAAUGUUUUUUCUCCGAAAAGCUCAUGAUCUGUGGAAUCAUCCCCCCAAAAAGGAGCUUUCUCCCUCCUUUUGGGACUCAGAAGGAGUGGAUCCCUCAAAAACCUUUAGUUUUGAUGCCAUAACUGCCAGCAUUGAAUACCCACUGGCCCGCCUCCUAUAUACAACUGGAGACGUGAGCAACUCUGUUCGAUUAUUCUUGAACCUUUUGCAAAGCUCCUGCUCGCCCCGACUACACAAUAUCUCAUCCGAUAAUGAAGACGCUUCGUUACCCGACAAUGACGACCUUUACAUCGACGAGUUUAGGAUCGCUCUCGAGCACCUGAAGUCGACAUCCCAUGAUGCAGACCUUUGUUCCACCUUGAAAUUAUCUUUCACUUUCUGCGUGCCUCAGGAAAUAAGGGUGCGCUACUCGCGGGGCGAUCAACAGAAUGAAAUCAAGUGGUCGGAACGCGAAUUGAUCUGGAAUGAGUUCCGCAAAUCUCGAGGGAUCACUCAAGGACUUUUGAAGGACUGCAAGGCUUCGGUCAAUGAGACGUUCUGGAUCGACUUGGUCGUCCGAAAUCCACUUCAUGUUGAAGUCAAUCUCGCCAACUUGACCUUAGAUAUUCAAGAGGCUGGUUCAACCACACCCUCGUCCUCAACGUCCUUCAUUGAAACGGAAGUUCUAAGUAAUGUCACUCUCCACCCAAGAGAAAUGAGAACAAUACCGAUUGCCGUAAAAUCGACGAAGGCCACUUCUUUGAUUAUCACUCAUGCUCAUUACGACUUUCUUUCCCUUUUGCCUAAUACCGAGUCUCUAUCCUUUCGAGGACGACGUCUACACAGCACUCCGGCUCAACGCCAGACGCCUACUUAUGCACCUGAUGUUCUCCUCAAGGUGGACGUCGCCGAAGCAGACCACAAAUUACUGGCCAAUUUCCUUGAAAGUCACCGAUUAGUCCUGAAUCAGGGCGAGAACUCAAGUCUUCGGCUUUGGCUUUCUAAUGCGGGAAAGCGACCUAUAAGUGAAGCGUGGAUAGUCUCUGAUCCUGAUGAUGAGUUCUGUUUGGAUACUAACGAAGAUGCUGCUGAAAGCCUUAAGAGCCAGGAGACAAUCCACUGCGGCAAUGUGCUUGCUGCCAGAGACCCUUACCUACUAUCCAUUGAUUAUUUAGGACCGGGCGACGACUUUGAGGUCCGUGUGACACUACAUGCCGUCGGCCUGGGAGAACGGGAUUUGUCUUUCCUCAUUGUCUAUCGGGAGGAUACUUCUGAGUCCUAUCAUCAAGUUCGCGUCACAAAAAGUUUCGAUGUCAAACCUUUGUUUAAAUGCAUGAUACAUGCUCGGCCCUCCCCGCAUCUUGAGGACCUGUAUUUCAUGGAGCUUCAUCUCGAUAAUAUAUCCUCGAGGACAGUACAGUUUACGCAGGUUACCACGUUGAGUCCUCAUUGGACGUGUCACGCAAUAAAGCGAGGCGACCCCGGACCGUUACUUCCGCUACAGUCUUGUCGUUUUCAUUUCGGUGUUAAACAUUGGCAAGAAUCUCAAGGAUUCAAUGACGCAACUGAAUUUGUAAAAGGCAAAUUCAGGCAAGUACUUCAAGGUCGAGAGGUCAAUCACUCUGACCCACCUCCCGUCGCCCUGUGUUGCAAUCAUGUUCUAAAGCCAUCCCAUCCGACCACUCACGCAAUACGCCGAUUUAUCUUCAGCAGGCGCCGUCAUGCCGUGGCACAGUCCAUUCGUUGUUCCCAUCCCCACAUCACCUCCCGCACGCAUCGGUAUAUCUUCCCGUUGUACAACCCAGCUGCUUUAGAUGUUCUUCUUUCAUGGGCAAUACCUUCCGAAGGCCGGUCUGGUUAUCUCCAUGUUUCGGGCCUCAAUAUUGGCGUUGGUCAUGCAGCGCUUGGAGACAUCCUGGAAGAAGCGGAGAAUACCAAGACAACUAGCAUGUAUUCUGAAACACGCCAGGAGCGAUUAGAGGUAUUCCAAGCUAUCCGAGAUAGCGAAUGGAAUACGGAGAUGAACCCGUUAGUGGUGCACGUUAUAGCACCUCACAUCGUGAAGCAUGACUUUUCAAAGGGUCCCUGUAGUACCACGGCGACAGUACUCAUCCGGAACUAUUCUGCGACUUUAACUUCACGCUUCGCCCUGAAAUUAAGUAGUGACCCUGUUUUGUAUUCAGCAGCAGCACUGAACAACGAUUCACCUGCACCUUACACUGGCCGCACGACCUAUAGAGGUAUAAUCAAGCCAUAUCAAGACACAUCUGUGGAGGUCAAACUGUGGAUAAGUAGACCCGGGUCCUACGUUCUGGGAGGAUGGCGUUUAGAAACAGAGGUAUUAGAGGAUGAAGGUGCCCACGUACGCCAUCGGUAUGUACAGGAACCUUCAGCAGAAGAGACUCAGACUCUGCCUCGUAUUGUUGUAUGCUCAGAAUGAGGCAAGGUAGACUACAUACUAUAAUUGCAUAUGUAUGGUGGAAAGGUUACACAGUCGUUUCACAGCAGCUACAGUCACCAUAUUUCAUAAUGAUAGUAUUAAGUAGAUUGCAUAUGGUAUCCGCCGUGAUGCAUGAAGAAUUGCGGGGGUCCCACUUACGGGAG